AUUUGCUUGUGAAAGUACACUAGUAUAUUUGAAAAUAUAGCUGUAUAUAACAACAUCGACAUGUUUACAUAUGUAACCAUCAUGAUAUUUAGCUAAAUCGUUCUCAGUAUUUUCUUAUGAUCUCGAUCACACAGUCAAUAUAGAAGUUCCGCUAUUCGUAUGGUCAAGCAGAUUUUUUAGGGUGUUGCUGGACUUCUCUAGGGGGAUGCUAGACACCACUGGAUUGGUUGCGUACCCCCACCUGGAUCAUACUGCAAGAAUGAAUAUCAGCUAAAACUGUAUUCGACAAUACUUCUACUUACAUUUACUCUUGGCAACGAAGAAACAUCCCACGCACUGCUUUCAUAAUCUCCCCAUGUGGCCAAUACUGCAAUUAUGAUGUGAUGCAUGAAUGAUUUCUAUGCCAACAGAAAACUAUACAACAAGAAAAGAGAUAGAAAAUCAUGUCUUUUAACGACAUAUACCAGGAGGAAUAAAGAAGAAGAACUUUGAUAAUAUGGCUACAGUCUCUAAUGCUUUUCUGUGGUAUCCACGCACCCAUUCCUGUGGGAAUGGCAUGUGAGACGGUAACAAAGUAAUACCAGUGGUCUUCUGUUGUCAUAUCUAUGAUGGCAGAACUAACUAAUAGCAGUUGCUCAAGCCUAACUAAUAGCAGUUGCUCAAGCCUUUGGGUACGGACAGCUUGCUACUUGGCCGUACUUUACAACAUUGUAAGUAUAUAGCAAGACUAUACUCAGAGAGUUUUGGGGGUCUUAGCGGAUGACAGCUGUCAGCUUAAAAUUCUAUAGCCAAUUAUCAGUGUAUCAAUAAGAUAGUUUGUAAGAUGACAGUUCCAAAUUGCUGUUAGAUAAUUGCUGUAUUUCAUCGUUUGCAAGCAAUCAGUUAAGAUACUCGCCAGUUUCAGCAAAAAAUAACUAGCACAAUUUGAGCAACCGGUUAACCCAUACCUAAUGUAACUAUGUUUUACCAGUGGUGCCAAGUUGGACAAAUAUUGAGUGUGGGAAACUAUAAAUGCUCGCUUGUAUUUAUGGUUCGAAGUUAACUGUAACCUAUACCUAAUGUCACUAUGUUUUACCAGUGGUGCCCAGUUGGACAAAUAUUGAGUAUGAGAAACUAUAAAUGCUCGCUUGUAUUUAUGGUUCGAAGUUAACUCAUGUUCCCAACACAAUAUUAGUGACGUAGUGUAUGGAUAUUCAAGUAAUACCCAAAGAGUAACACCCAAAGAAUAAUACCCAGUAGAUUUUCUCAGAAGACAUCCUAGUUUCAAUGUAGAUACCUAAGUGGGGUUAAUGUUUGCUUGUUCCCAGCUUGUUUACAAGCUGUCGAUGUAGUUAGUGGGUUAGUGCUGACAACUUGCUACAAGGUUUGGUGACUUGAUACAAGUCAGUCGAGUCUCCAAACCUGUGUAAGCAAGUGGUCAAUACUUAUACAACGUAUUCCUAUACAACACAGUGAAAAACAUUUCACAAUUCCAGUAACUUGGCAAUCCUAUUUCACGCCUAAGUCGGCUAUGGCUAUGGCAAUACAAUGUUACAGUUAUUUCAAGUAGCACUUCAGUGUUGGAUUUAAAGCUAUUUUGGACUCCAUUAUGGUGCUUGGUCAUGAGCACCAAAUUCCGCAUUCAGGUCUAAGUGUUGCUGAGUAACAUACGAGAUUAAAUCGCAUCUAUUGUUUUUAUGAACAUUGGGUCAGACAUCGUCCUACAGAGAAUAACUGUUUCGAAACUACAGAGCUUGAAUAAAUUAAGCGUAUUAUUUGUGAUCAUUGUAGCAUGUCUUCUAUUGACGGAACCCUGUCGGUAGUGCAAACAAACUUGUUCUCCGAGGUGUUGGAAUAAUAACGUGCAGGGACAUUGGAUUUUAAAAAGGCUCAAUUCAGUGUAUAUAAAGUAUAUAUGCCGACUGCACGGCAGCUUUCUUCACGACCUCGUACCCAGGGUCUUCACUCUUGCAGAAGAGUAAUGACCAGAGAAUAAAGAUCGUGGGUGCGGGUUUUCACUUGUUUCCAUCUACCAAACUGAGGUUACGUCAUUUUAUCAAUUUCUAAAGUAGUUUCUUUUUGGACUUUUUUAAUUAAUUUGGUUAGGGUUAGGGUUCAGGGGCGUAGGAACCUUCGAAAAGUUGGAGGGGCCAGGCUUUGAGGGGCACUUUUCGAACAAAAAAGGGCAUCUCCAAAUUUUUUGUUGGCGACCUCCCCCCCUUUUUUCGUAAAUACUAAAAAAAUUUUCCGGAAUACAAACAAAAUUUUCGGGAUAUAUGAUUUUUUUCCGGAAUUUUUAACAUUUUUCAGGAAAUAACGUACAUUGAAGUUUUCAAAAGUGCUCCUUGGGCUAAAAAUAUAAUUUUAAUGAAAAAUUUUCACGCACAAAAAGGGCACUUUGCUUCCGGAAAAAGGGCACUUGUCAAAACUUGGGGGGCCUUGGCCCCCCUGUCCCCCCCUGUUAGAGUUAAGGUUUCGGAUAGGGUUAGGAGUUAGAGUGGGGGUAGGGUUUGGGUUAGCUACAUAGCCAUUUAAAACUACAAUGAUCACAAAUAAUGCGCUUAAUUUAUUUCGAAACAGUUAUUCUCUGUAGGACGAUGUCUGACCAGUGUUCAUAAAAACCAAUACGGAUGCCAUCUAAACUCGUUUAGUACUCAGGAACACUUAGACCUGAAUGCGGAAUCUGGUGCUCAUGUCCAAGCACCAUAUUGGUGUCCAAAAUAGCUUUAAAUCCAACAAGUGCCACUUGAAAUAACUGUAACAAUUUGUAUUGCCAUCAGCCGACAUAGCGUGAAAUACGAUUGCCAAGUUACUGCAAUUGUGAAAUGUUUUUCACUGUGUUGUAGGAAUACGUUGUAUCAGUUAAAACACCUCUUCCAUCUUCAGAAAAUGACGUCACGUCAGUUUGGUAGAUGGAAACAAGUGCUGACCGUGGGUGCGAGGUUACUUUCAUUGUAGCCAGUUCGCAGGCUGUAUAUCGUUGCGCGCUGAUCCAGGUGCGACCACAAUAGGGGUUUGUGAUAUUCCCUAACAGCGACAAAAGAAAAUUCAAUACUUAUUACAAGUCAAUGUUACAGUAAUGGUGUGUGAUACAGCAUUCUCUCUCCCUUACGUUCAAGCAGCUCAUAUUACAUACUUUGGGGGCAAAUUAUUUGUUUUUAGGCAGUUUUCGCGGCAAAUUUCAUAUUAUAUGUCAAUGACAGAUCAUCGUGGCAAGAUGACUCCAAUACAGGUAACAUUGUUCUCUUGUCCCAAAUUGGAGUUUCCUUCUUCAGAAACAUUUAAUUUUCAUUGUACAGAAUUAAGGCCCCGUUUACACUAUACCGGAUUGCUAUCGGAGUGGGUCAAAUUUUGUAGGUAUCGAAAGGCUGUGAAGAUUUUUAAUCUCAGAGACCCAAAUAAACAUGCCAAUUCUGUCAAGCUAAUAAGCAUUUGCUACUAACCAUUGCUCCGUAACGGCAAAAGAAGAUGUCGUGACCAGCGAAUCCGGUAUAGUGUAAACAGGGCCUAAGGCUACUUGUACGUUCUGUCCAAACUGCUCUUUCCUAGAGGGUUAGGAUAAAAUACGGAUACGGCUGGAUGGAACGUAUAUGGGCAUAUAUGCGGAACGGAUAUGGGGAUAAAAUGCGGCACGGAUCUUCAAGAAAUUUAGAGGAUCCGGAGAAAACCUGUGGUGUUUGGCAGAGUUAAGGAGGGGGGUAGGAUUCCUGUCAUGUGCGUUUGAGAAGAAAUGUAAUCAGACAAAUGAUAGAAGAGGCUGGAUAGCCUCACAGAGGUGCCACCAACACCUAAGCAAUUGUUUCUAUCUUAAAACAGAGUGGGUUUGCUGGCAGUGGGUGGAUCUUGCAAUCUCUGGUGUAUCCAUACUCGCCGCAUUACUUCUAUACUGCGCACUCAUUACGGUAGGUGUGAACAUCCAAUAUAUCUCCGUAUUUUUCUUUCUAGAUAGCAUGAUGGGGAAAAAAUAAAAGCCCCAGUCAAACGAGGAUGAGAGUUGGAAAAAACUCUCAUCAAAAGUUAAGUUGAUGAGAAUGAAUGGGAGGCUAUGAAUGGGAGGGAACUGCGGCAAUCGAUACACCAGGCGGAAAUCUUAGUUUAAAGAUAAAGAGCAAAGCCCAGCAAAUAACUUUAAAACCAAACAUAAUAAAAGGAAAAAUUUAAUUAGCUAACGUUUCGUUGUUUACAAUACAACAUCAUUUAGAUUGCUCUGAAGAUGUUGUAUUGUAAACAACGAAACGUUAGCUAAUUAAAUUUUUCCGUUUAUUAUGUUUGGUUUUAAAGUUAUUUGCUGGGCUUUGCUCUUUAUCUUUAAAAGUUGAAACAGUUCAAUGUUGAUGAGAAUGGAUGGGAGUUGAUGAUAGUUGGCGCUCAAAUCCCCGAGAGAGAGAGUUGCAAUUCUCAUCGACUCUCGCCCUCGUUUGACUGAGGUUUACCAUCUUUUCAAGCGUACCUUACACUUUGGGAAUAAGUGCAACAUUCACUAUUUUGAAUACAAACGCAACUGAACAUAUAUUUGUUCAUUGGUUUUGGUAAUAUAUGCAUGUACAAAAUGAAAUAAAAAAUGAGAAAAAAAAACCCAACUUCACAUACCCCCGUACGUCGUCUCCUCCGCCCCACACAGUACGCUCAUUCGCCGAAAAGAUGUGGCCACGUAAUCUUGUGAGUUUUAACCGUUCCACACAAGGUACCAACAAAUACAGUCCAGGGAACAAAGAGAAGAAGCUCAAGGCAUUUCACCCCCACAUAUACAGUAUUUUCUUUGAUGAACCUGGACAUUCUUUUAUUUGUAGGGUAACCACAGGCUUCUCCAAGUAUUUCUAAGUUGGACUGUUUUCUGCAUUGUUUUAAGUAUUUUGGUGUUGGGCUUCGGGUUUAGAGAGGUAACAUUAUAUUUCAUCUUUAUCCUCUUUUUUAACAGCAUAAAAUAAGCCAUCCUCUCUAAUAAGCGCCGCCCUUUAGAAGAAGUUUGAACUUGUUUAUAUAAUUUUUGCAACAAUGUUUUUUAAUCAUUAAUUUCUAGCUUGAACGUGGCCACAUUUUAGCAAGGUGUAUUGGAAUUGUGGUAUCGGUAAGGCAAUGUAGAAGUUAGUUUCUUAGCUUGUUUUGAUUUCCUGUCAGUAAGAUGAAAAACUAAUGAGUUAAAUUAUUUUUCUAUAGGCGUAUUUUGCUGAUGUUGUAUUCUCUUACUAUUUAAAAUUAAAAGAAUCUGGACAAGUGGCAUCAAGGGAAAGCCAAAAUAGACAGGUGAAAAAGGGCAUUCUACGAGAGUAGAGAACAGUACAGUACAGUACAGUAUAGUAUGGCUAAGUAUAGUUUUCAGUACAGUAUAGUAUAGCUAAGUAUAAACUACUCAUCUUAUUUUAUUACAUUCCAAAACGUGACUGCAAUAUCAGAGUGCUACGAGUACUUAGUACCAAUAGUACAAGCACCAGCAUUAAUGUCUUAUUCACCACAUUUUAAACCUGUUGAUAAAACGGUGAUCUAUUUUUCUAGUCAUAUACACUGGAGCCCAUUCCGCCUGGCUACCCUGGUCAAUCAGAUAUGGUCAAUGGUGGUUUUUAUAUAGAGGAUGAAACAUCAAAUACUGAACUGCAAAACAAUAACAUAAGAAAUGUCUGUCUAUGGUAUGAAGAUACCAAGUUUUGAAUGAUAUUAAAAGAGAAUUUAAAAACGAACAGAAAAUUAUAAAUAUAGGACUCUUUUUAAAGAGAAAACGUUUUAAUAUAUAUAAAACUCUUUAAUGCACUUGCGAAGUCGGUAUGGUUGUGUAGAAUGGAGGAUUUAAUAUUGAAGUGGACUAUAUAAGCAGAGAAUUGGCACUUUAAUGUUCAAAUAGUUCAGAAAAAUAUUAAAGAUAAAUUGGCCAUAUUUAAUAUCAACGAUCGACGAAGAAUUCAGAACAGCAAAACAAAGAAGCAUCAGUGAAGACGUAUGGAUAAGAUGAUGCAUGGAAGCAUCAGGGACGCCGGAACGAUGUGAAGGCAAAGGGGGCAGAUUUUCGUGAAAGGGCACUUUUGAAUUGAUAUAUACUAAGAGAUGUUUGCAAAACAUCGGGAGUUGAACUUCGCCU